CCAAGAACAUCCAUCAAGGCGACGCACUCCUCACGCAAGCAUGUCAUCAGAGACCAAGGCCAAGCGACCUAGCGAAGCAAUCCUCAACGACAAGUGGGAUCUUGCUCUUUCAAAUGGCAUCGUCAAAACCGGUCUGGGUUUCGGAGUUGGCGUGGUCGCUUCUGUGAUUCUCUUUAGACGGCGUAUGUGGCCAGUCUUUACGGGCAUCGGUUUCGGUAUGGGACAAGGCUACGCAGAGGGCAACCAGCUCUUCAAUCCGCUCCUCGUGCCCGGUACCAAGCUCGUCAGCAACAAGAAGGACUAGUCAACUCUGUCUACACUCAUUCUAUGCAUCUUGGCGUGUAUUGCUUAGAGUCUAAAUGUCCAUGCUGUGGUGAUUCGACUGAAGACUGCUGAAUUGACCUUGCCAAUUCCCAGUCUGCCUUGGACGUUUCCUGCUAAUGAGAUGUGCAAGAUUGAAUGGAUCCUCGACCAGCUCUUCUGACGAUUCUCGAGUGCGUUUGCUUGGCUGCAAGACUGUCUGAGUAGCUGGAUGGAAGAAACGGUCGAUGCUCUCGAGAUGCGAGCUGCAAGAGGCGUUGUCCUGUAUUGAGCGGAC